AAACUUGCAGCUGCUCACUUUUCAGACUAUGCUCUUGUUUGGUGGAAUAAGUUUGCAAAAGAGAGAUUGAGAAAUGAGGAGCCAGCGGUGGAAACAUGGGCUGAAAUGAAACGAAUCAUGAGGAAAAGAUAUGUCCCUUCAAGCCAUGCUAGGGAUGUAAAAUUUAAACUUCAAAAACUUACCCAAGGCAGCAAGAGUGUUGAGGAGUAUUACAAAGAACUUGAGGUGCUUAUGUUGCAAGCCAAUCUUGAGGAGGAUGAAGAGGUAACCAUGAUUCGAUUUAUUAAUGGUCUAUCUAAUGAUGUUAGAGAUAUUGUAGAACUUCAGGAAUAUGUAGACAUGGAAGAAUUGCUGCACAAGGCCACUAAAGUUGAGCAACAACUCAAAAGGAAAGGGCUUGCAAGGAAGAGUUCUACCAAUUCCAAUUCAUCUUGGAGAGACAGAAUGAAGAAUGAAGGGCCGAGCACCCUUAGCAAACCAGCCACCAAACCACAAGCUUCAGCUUCUUCAAAACCUCUUGAACAACCAUCCAAAAAGAGCAAAGAGGUCAAGUGCUUCAAAUGCCAAGGUAUGGGACAUUAUGCUUAUGAAUGUGCCUCCAAAAAGACCAUGAUUCUUAAGGAUGAUGGAGACUACACCAGUGAGUCCGAAGGAGAACAAAGUGAAGAAGAAGAGGAGGCAGCCAUGAAUGGUGAACUGUUGAUGAUCCGAAGAAUGCUUGGUAGCCAACAAAAGCCAAAGAAAGAAAGCCAAAGAGAGAAUAUCUUUCACACAAGAUGUUCUGUCAAUGGGCAGAUUUGCUUGAUGAUUGUUGAUGGCGGGAGCUGUACUAAUGUGGCUAGUGAAAGAAUGGUGGAGAAGCUGAACCUGGUCACAAAACCACAUCCUUGGCCAUACAAACUUCAAUGGCUCAGCCACUAUGGAGAAAUACAAGUAAGUAAGCAAGUUGAAGUUGACUUUUCCAUUGGCAAAUACAGGGAUAAGGUUCUUUGUGAUGUUGUUCCCAUGGAGGCUAGUCACAUACUGCUGGGAAGACCAUGGCAAUAUGACACCAAGGAUUAUGAGGAUGUGUUUCCAACAAGUGUUCCAAGUGGUCUACCACCACUGAGAGGAAUUGAGCAUCAAAUUGAUCUCAUUCCGGGAGCUUCUUUGCCUAAUAGGCCAGCAUAUAGAAGCAACCCACAAGAAACCACUGAAAUUCAAAGACAAGUGGAAGAACUCUUGAACAAAGGGUGGGUAAGAAAUAGCAUGAGUCCUUGUGCUGUACCGGUGAUUUUGGUACCAAAGAAAGAUGGGACUUGGAGAUUUGUUGUGAGUUCGAAAGGAGUGCAGGUUGAUGAGGAAAAGAUCAAAGCCAUUCAAGAGUGGCCCACUCCUAAAUCCGUGGGUGAUGUAAGAAGUUUUCAUGGCUUGGCCAGUUUCUACAGGAGGUUUGUAAAGGACUUUAGUACCUUGGCAGCACCCCUAAAUGAAGUGGUGAAAAAGAAUGUGGGUUUUCAUUGGGGAAAGAAUCAAGAAGAGGCCUUUGCUGCCCUAAAGCAUAAGCUUACCCAUGCACCUAUACUUGCUUUACCUAACUUUGCUAAAUCUUUUGAACUUGAAUGUGAUGCUUCAAAUGUAGGUAUUGGAGCUGUGUUGCUUCAAGAAGGCCACCCAAUUGCUUAUUUUAGUGAAAAGUUAAGCGGAGCUGCCCUUAACUAUUCUACUUAUGAUAAGGAAUUGUAUGCUUUGGUGAGAGCUUUGAAGACCUGGCAGCAUUAUCUUUUGCCCAAGGAAUUCGUGAUUCAUAGUGAUCAUGAGUCGCUGAAAUACUUGAAGGGGCAAGGUAAGUUGAACAAAAGGCAUGCCAAAUGGGUUGAAUUUUUGGAACAAUUUCCCUAUGUCAUAAAACACAAAAAGGGGAAAAGUAACAUUGUGGCUGAUGCUUUAUCCAGGAGACACGUGCACAAUGGAUUUUUAUUUAAGGAAAACAGGUUGUGUGUGCCUAAAAGUUCCAUUAGAGAACUGCUUGUUAAAGAAUCCCAUGCUGGGGGACUAAUGGGUCAUUUUGGAGUCCAAAAGACUCUAGAAACUUUACAGGAACAUUUCUAUUGGCCCAAAAUGAAACAUGAUGUGAUCAAGUUUUGUGAACAUUGCAUUGUUUGCAAGAAGGCUAAGUCUAAGGUGAUGCCACAUGGUUUGUAUACUUCUUUGCCAAUCCCUGAAUACCCUUGGGUUGACUUGUCUAUGGACUUUGUUUUAGGCCUCCCUAGAACAAAGAAUGGUAAGGAUUCCAUUUUUGUGGUUGUUGAUAGGUUUUCAAAAAUGGCUCACUUUAUUCCUUGCAGGAAAGCUGAUGAUGCUUGUCACGUUGCUGAUUUGUUCUUUAAAGAAGUUGUAAGACUUCAUGGGAUGCCUAGAAGCAUAGUUAGUGAUAGGGACACCAAGUUCCUAAGUCACUUCUGGAGGACUUUAUGGGGGAAGUUAGGCACCAAACUUUUGUUCUCUACCACUUGCCACCCACAAACUGAUGGGCAAACUGAGGUGGUUAAUAGGACCCUAGGCACCUUGCUUAGGACUGUCCUUAAGGCCAAUUUAAAGGCUUGGGAGGCGUGUUUGCCUCAUGUUGAAUUUGCUUACAAUAGGGCUGUCCAUAGCACUACCAAUUGCUCUCCAUUUGAAGUAGUGUAUGGAUUUAACCCUUUGACUCCUCUUGAUUUGUUGCCUAUGCCUAACAUUUCGGUGCACAUGAGGAAGGAAAGGUUUCCAGAACAAAGGAAAUCCAAACUCCAACCUAGAGGGGAUGGACCUUUUCAAGUGCUUGAGAGAAUCAAUAACAAUGCCUACAAAAUAGAGCUUCCAGAUGGCGGAGAAUUUGAUUUGAGGUCAAAUCCUUUUCAAGAGGGAGGGAAUGAUGAGGACAAGGACAAGGACAAGGGUCAUGGAGCCCUAAAAGGACUUGGAGGACCAAUGACAAGGGCUAGAGCUAAAAAGGCCAAAGAGACUCUUCAGCAAGUAGUGGCAACCAUUCUUGAAGACAAAGUGGUA